AUCCUUACACUGUGGUCUUACCCUGCGUGUUUGAACUAACAUCAAUGAACAUCAACAUCAGAGGUGCCGACAGGGAGUGUUGUGUGCUGUGCCUGUGCCACGAGUGAGCGAGGUUAUUUAAAAAUGGCGGACGCGUCGUCUUCCGAUACUACCUCAGACUGUUGUAAUGAGUGUUUCUCUGACAUUACGUCGGAAAAAUCGGAGUACGUCGUGGUGGGACGCAAGCCGUGCCCGUCACAUCGCCGCAGCAAGCGGAAUUUCCUGCAGAAGCUGAUGAUACGCGAGAUGAGGGGAUGCCUGUCAGCGCACAAUUACGCGUCAGAGGAAAGACUGUUCACCACUGUACCUAAGUGGCGGCAUUUGCCUCUCUUACAUGUAAUCCCAAAGUCUGCGCUCGAAGCAGGACACAUCGUUAUGGGAUUAACGCAAUGUGGUCAGUUCCUGCUCACGUACACGUAUACGCUGGAUGUCAGCAGUAACACGUCCCUGUACAAAUACCUGUUACACUGGUGGGCUAUCACGCCAAACCGCGUCGCCCGCAAAGUUGCCGAAGUUACGUUGUUUGGGAAUUAUACGAUUUAUAGAGAAUUGAGCAUAGUUAUAUCGCAAUGGCCAAUGGAGCGGAAUAAACUUGUAAUACACGGCCUCUGUACAAAUUUCUUACACCUACAACCGACUGAUAGAGCAUAUUUAACUAUAACGACGGUACCGUCUCUUUAUAAUUGCAAAGAUUGCUUAAAGAUCGCUGCAUCGUACGAGGAAGAAGGUGAAGAACUAGCGGCAAACUGGGACGGUUGCGUGCGGUGUAAUUGCUUGCAACAUGGAUUGACAGUUCACACGACGUACGAGGUGAUCUCGCCGUAUCCGAAGUUUCGGGCAACGGUGUGUCUGAAUUACUGGAACCACGUGGUGGUCAACACGGGGAAUUUCCUCCACGUUCUCCGAGUAGACUUAAACAUACCGAGAUCGAAGAAUCAAAGAACAUGCGACAAGCAGGACAGUUCUGUGCACGAGCCCGGAGCCAUGGUGCCGGACACGAUCCCGUUGGACAUGAGUGACGUCGAGGAGACGGACUACUCCUCGAGGACAGAAGAGGGACAGAAGUACGAGAGCUCGGACGAGAAGGUCGGCACGCCGGAGUGCGUGGACCGCUCGCCGAAGUGCGAGUCCAGCCUGGAGCAGGACUUUCUAGACGAGCCGGUUAAGCUAGGACGCGACUUACCGUUAACUACCUCAAGCAGCAAUCAAAGCGACUGUGUCUGUGAUAUAAGUAGUAAACCUGACGUCGCUUUAAGUAUUAAGUUGUGCGACUGCUCGAGCACGGCCGAGUGCACCAGGUGCGGCCGGGGCAGCGGCGGCAGCGACAGCCCGGUCUCGCGGGCCGGCGGCGUCGAGCAGACCGCCAUCUCGGUGCGGGACAAAAUUCUGCAGGACUUUUGCGAGGAUACGUCGCAGGAGCUUAACAUCGGCAGCGAUCUGAUCACGCUGGUGAAACACCCGUCGUGCUCGCCGCGCUCGACGCCGCAGAGACUGCCAGCUGAUCUCAGGACGAUAACCACGUGGUCGUCCCCGAUACUUACCCCGCCGUCGGACAUCCUGCGCACCCGCAACUCGGAGUCUAGUCACAGAGUCCAGAUCCCGCAACGUAGUACCAACAGUAGCAGCAGCCAGCAACGUUCGAGCUCGCCGCAACCUGGCGCCUCGCAGCAGGAUGCGAAUUCCGUGGCGUCUAUAAGCUCGCCGCUGCAGUCCGUAUCAAUUAGCUCCGCCUCGUCGUCGCGCUCGUCCCGCUUGAUGUCGCCGCCCAUCGCCAGGUCGUUUCGCCACCCGAGCCCGCGCAAGAGAUCAAGUCUGCACUCGCCCCCGCCCGUCGUUAACGCGAGCCAAUCGGCUCGGACGACGAGGGCGACGCACAAGCUGAUCCUCGAGGCGGAGAAGGCGUACGAGUUCACGGAUGAAGCGCAGGAGACGACGUGCGAGAAGCUCAGCUCGUUCAGGAAGCGCCGAUUAGCCGACAAGAAGUACGAGUUCUGCGACGAAGCGGAAGACGCGGAGAACAUCAUCCCCUUCAAGCAUAUACGCGAUCAGUUCAAGCACCGCGGCGCCUGUUCCAUACAUCAGAUACCCUCCUCGCCGGCGAUGUCGCCGGUGUUGCCGAACGGCCGCCGGCACUGGGUCGACUCGGAUCAGAGCGAGUCGGACGAGUUGAAUCUUGCUCAAGACAUUAGUAUAGCUACCGAUCUGACGAAUCCCGAAACAGCAGAGAAGAACGUACUUCGGCCGUUGAACCAGAAUCAACUGUUCAACGGCGGCGUGCACCGUGACCGCGUCGGCAAGUGUUGCCCGAAUUUCUCGCCAUUGGUCCCUAGAAAUAACUUGCAGUAUCCUUCGAUAAAGUGCACCGCGCGUUUCAAGCGCAGUUACAUAGAGCUCGACGACGAGAUGAUAUCGGUGAUCACGGACGUGGAAGACGAAGAAACGGGAGGAUACGUAAGCUAUCAAUGUGUACUUCCAAUGCUCGUGCACGGUUCCGGAUACGUUCAAAUGCAGAUGAUCAGCAACAGCAAAGCGGAGAAAUUGAUAGUGCCGUGCGUUUCGAUAACACAGUUGAGUUUCGAUAUCGAGACUUUCUCUCACCACAUAGCAGACUGGAUCUGCACGAGAUUCAAGAAAAAGUAUUGGCAUUGUAGCGACUAUGAUAUCGAAAUAAUUGACGUGUGCGCGCUUAGCGGCGAUAUUAUAUGUUUGCAUAUAAUGAAGAUCCAAGCAAGUGAGUUAUGUAGCCAAACGCAAUGUUCGCAAGAGAGGAAGCAGUACGAGGUCGGUUGUAAAUUCACGUGGAACAUCGACACGAGCGAGUACAGGAUAACGGACGUGCUGCCGCUGGAGGAGGUGAAGCCGGAAUCCUGGAAGCCGACUAUCACGAAUAUACCGAAUUUUCGUAGCCAGUUGUGGAACCCGACGCGUCGCUUAGCCACGCAGUUGCGGGAAAAGAUCCAGCAGCCGUACGCGCACACCGUGCGCUUCCUCCACAACGAGAUGAGCUUGGCAGGUUGGUACAUCGAGGAGUCUCGCGCGGUCUCGUUCCUCGAGCGAUAUCGGCGAUGUCGCACACAUGACCCGACGAUGUUGUUGCAGGCGAGUCUAUAACCAAGCUCACGGAUCUGGACAAUCUGGUGCAGUUCUACAUAACGCCGAUAAUGACCGACGCCUUAAUAGAAUGAGAAGAGGGCAACGGAACUAAAAUACCGCACGUCUCAUUGCAAACAAUAAUUUAUUUAUUAAUACAAAUCCAGCCGUGUUGGCUGGCGCGUUAAGCCCGGUUAAGCCAGCGCGGCGGUAUAAUGUAUAGAAACGUACUCCGCGUCAGGUUUAUUACAACAAACGAUAAGGAGUACUCGACCGAGCAUAAAUAACAGAUACGACGAGAGGAAUAUGCUAAGUUGUAUAGAACACACUCCCUGCUACACGUUAUUCUUCCGCAACGCCGAGCAUAAUGAUUAGGAGUGCGACGUGACUUGUUCAUAACUUAGAGACACAGGGUAUGUUCGCGGAGACGCUAUUAACGCUACUAAUCUAUAAUUUAUGUCACGCUACAUAGAGUUUUAGCGCUAAAUAGCGCUGAUAGUGAGCUCCCCGAACACAGCCCUAGACUACGAAGGUAACUAACUAACGAUACAACGAAACUCGUAAGCAUUGCGCUCCGAUUUGUAAAAUUUACCAGUGCUGUAUACUAUACAUUGAAUUUAUCUACGCUAUUGUAUUAUGGUAACUACUGUACUUUGGUAACUAGAUAUAGCGAUGACUAAACUGAUUGUCAAUAAAUGUAUUGUAAUGUGA